UCGAGCAACCUCGAAGUCCGAAUCAAGUACCUCAUACGAUAUUCAGUUCUAUGAUACUGUCGAGCUGCUGAAACUCGUUGCGGGGUCGAGGAAGGGAUCUGGCCCAUGUUUCGUGCUGGUGGGAGACAUAUAUUCGCAUGUCUUCGACCACGGUGCACCGUAUGGUUUCAGCCAGAUUAUACAUCCCACUACCCCGUAUCUCCGUCGCGACUGUUCACGAGCUCUAUUCGUGCGCAUUUGACCGGCUAUGGCGAUCUUCUCCGUCGCCACUCCGCUUUCCAACCCCGUGAUGACACAAUCUACGCCCUAUCGACAGCCGAAGGCAAGGCCGGCAUUGCGGUGAUCCGAAUUUCGGGGCCGUCGUGCAAAUCUUUUGGUGAGAUCUACCAUGGACUCUGUCCCGGUCAACGCCCUCUGAAGCCUCGCUAUGCUGGUGUGAGAACGUUGUAUCAUCCGGAGUCGAGCAGCUCGGAAGUUCUUGAUUCGGCUGCGCUAGUUAUCUUCUUCCCGUGUCCCCAGACGGUCACCGGCGACGAUGUGUUGGAGUUGCACGUGCACGGAGGCGGCGCGACCGUGAAGGCUAUUCUAUCCGCAAUUCCCAAAUGCACUAGCGACGGGCUAAUCCGCUACGCCGAACCCGGAGAAUUUACGAAGCGCGCCUUUCUCAAUGGCCGCCUUGACCUAGGUCAGGUUGAAGCCCUCGGCGAUAUCCUCGCGGCGGAGACGGAACAACAGCGACGUGCCGCAGUCCGCGGCAGCUCCGGGUCGCUGGGUCGAACUUACGAUGGCUGGCGCCAGAAGCUCUUGGAGGCGCGGGCGGAGAUGGAGGCUCUCAUCGACUUUUCGGAAGACCAGCACUUUGACGAGACGCCCAAUGCCCUUAUUAGCAACGUGACGACGCAGGUCGAGGAGAUCCUGCGGAGCAUACGCCUUCACGAAGGAGCCAGUGAACGAAACGAGCUUCUGCGAAGCGGCAUCAAAAUUGCGCUUGUCGGGCCGCCGAAUGUCGGCAAAAGUUCGCUGAUGAACCAGAUAGUCGGCCGAGAGGCCUCGAUCGUAUCCGGGGAAUCUGGAACCACUCGAGAUAUCGUUGAGGCCAAUCUGGACAUUCGUGGGUAUUUGUGUACGUUUGCUGACACCGCCGGGUUCAGAACUACCGUCGGGGUGGAUCCACGUGGUGGGCCAGGUGCUCGAAUAGGGGCCGUUGAAGAAGAGGGAAUCCGCCGAGCUAGGAUCAAAGCCACACAGUCUGAUGUCAUCAUCGUACUCACCUCAAUCGAAACGGACAGCUCGGGAAAACCCCAGAUUCGCUACGACCUAGAGACCCUGAAGCUGGCUGCCGAGUGUGGCGAGCGCCUCGUGGUUAUCAAUAAGCGCGAUGCAGUAUCCGGUGGCGAGCUGCUUGUCCUCACCCGACAGUUUUCCGACCAUGUGCUCGGCGCGGUGAAGGGGCUUGAGGCUGUUCAGCCGGUGCUUAUCUCGUGUAAAGAAGCGCUGGGUCAAGGUUGCGACGGUCCUGACCCCGGCGGUAUUCGGGUCGUCGUAGAUCGAUUGGUCGCGUCGUUCCAGAGCAUGACAUCGCUCCCGGUCGCCCUGCAAGACCUCCACGGGGUGACCGAGCGCCAGAGACAGCUCCUCGUGCAAUGUCGGGGCCACCUGGAGGACUACGUCGAGAGCGUAGGGGGCCCCGAAGCUGGGAUGGAGGGGUGUGCCCCCGAGGAAGCCCCCAGCCACGGCGUUGAUAUCACGGUGGCGGCCGAGCAUCUUCGAUACGCCGCGAACUCGCUCGGGCGAAUCACAGGGCGCGGCGAGGCGGGCGACGUGGAGGAGAUUCUCGGUGUGAUCUUUGAGAAGUUCUGCGUAGGAAAGUGAAUGAAUUGGAUGUAUUCAGAAUGAUAAAACAUCUAUUGCGCCAACCCGAUCUUUUUUUCUAUGCGUAUAGAAUCCUUCGUUUCCCAGUCGUCAGGCGUCUAUCCCAGUAGUUUAUGCUAAUCAUACAGGUUAGGUGGCUAGCGCUCUCUAUCUCUAAAAGUCUAUGGUCGUUCGUUUCCCUUCGUAGCGUACAGCCCUAGUAAUACAAGUGAAGAAAGGAAGGAAAAAAAAAAACCGUCGGUGGAGU